UCUCAGCGCAGACAUGAGCGGGAGAGUGGGGGAUCUGAGCCCGAGACAGGCCGAGGCGCUGCAGCAGUUUCGAGAGAGAAUCCAAGAUGUCCUGCCCCUCCUUCCCGCACAGCACGACCACUUCCUGUUACGGUGGCUACGAGCCAGAAACUUCAGUGUUCCAAAGUCUGAGGCCAUGGUGCGAAAGCAUCUGGACUUCAGAAGACAAAUGGGUGUAGACGUGAUCCUGACAGAGUGGCACCCCCCUGAGGUGAUAGAGAAGUAUCUGUCUGGAGGCAUGUGUGGCUAUGACCGUGAGGGCAGCCCGGUGUGGUAUGAUGUGAUCGGCCCUGUGGACCCCAAAGGCCUCUUCCUGUCUGCCUCCAAACAGGACUUCAUCAGGUCCAAGAUCCGUGACUGUGAGCGGCUACAGCAGGAGUGUGACCGCCAGUCUCAGAGACUCAACACAAACGUGGAAUCCAUCACUAUGAUCUAUGAUGUGGAGGGGCUGGGCCUGAGACAUCUGUGGAAACCAGCCAUAGAAACAUAUGGAGAGAUCCUGCAGAUGUUUGAGGACAACUACCCCGAGGGUCUGAAGCGGCUCUUCGUCAUCAAAGCGCCCAAACUUUUCCCUGUUGCCUACAACCUGGUCAAACACUUCCUGAGCGAGAACACGCGGCAGAAGAUCCACAUACUCGGAGCAAACUGGCGGGAAGUGCUACAGAAAUACAUUGAUUCACAAGAGCUGCCCGCCGUCUAUGGAGGCACAAAGACAGACCCCGAUGGAGAUCCACGCUGCCGCACAUGGAUUAACCAUGUGGGUCCAGUGCCGCGCUGCUACUACGUCAGAGACCAGGUGAAGGUGGAGUACGAGCAGAGCCUGACCGUGAGCCGACGCUCCACACAACAGCUCGACUAUGACAUCCUGGUGCCCGGGUGUGUCCUUAGGUGGCAGUUCUGCAGUGACAGUGCCGACAUUGGCUUUGGCGUCUUUCUGAAGACUAAAAAGGGUGAUCGACAGAGAGCGUCCCAAAUGACAGAGGUGGUGGUCAACCAGCGCUACAACGCUCACCUGGUGCCCGAGGACGGAUCACUGACGUGUGAAGUACCUGGAGUCUAUGUUCUGCGCUUUGACAACACCUACAGCCUCCUGCAGCCCAAAACCAUCCAUCUCACUGUGGAAGUUCUACUCCCAGACCACUGCCCCGGCCCAUGAGCAAUGCACCUGAUGAACCCUAAAACCCACUGUGCCUCAGCAGGACAGCGAUGAAUGUGUCCCACGUGUUUGAUGCCUUACUCCACUCAUGGUUGUAUAGAAGUAUAUGAAGUCGUAUUAUGAACAAUAUGCAUUUGUGUUCUGUUAUGCACUGGCUGUGAACAGUCUCCCACUGUAUAUGUGAGUUUAUGUGUAAUAUCUGUAAUUACUGGGCCUAUUACUAUUAAAGCUGACUCGAUUUCAGUACCAAGAGAACGACUUGAUGACAACAACAUAGAGAGACAACAGAACGCUAUUUUCUUUAAAGGCCCUGUAACUCAUUUUUGCUGUCUUAAAAAUGUGAAAAACAGAACCAGUUAAUUCAACAUUUCAAUGGUUUGCAGAGGUCCAGAGUUAUUCCUCACUUAUGCUUUCCUUGCAUCCUAAUAUCAGGUGUUAUACUGGUUCUGGUAUAGAACUACCUGGGAUACACAGAUAGGCUACUUAUGGUACAUAUUAAACAUAUUUUACAUCAGUAGUUUGUGGAAAAAACUGCCACUGCACCCAUGAGAGCACCCCACUGAAUGUGCCUGUGGAGCGGGACUCUUGUUGAGGGUGAUCGCAUCAAAAAGUUGGGUGAGCCAUGAGAUUUGGUGGGACAGACACAACUUGAUAUAAUAAUGUAUUUAAGAUAACAUUUAGCCUAUAGCCUUUUGACAGUUUAUAGAGGGUCUGUAGGUCUCCACCAUGGAGAUAAACAGUGAAUUAGCCUAGUAUUUAAUGGACUAGGGAUACAACAUUAUGUGGGUCAUGAUAUUGUUAGAAUUAAGUUGAAUAAAUUCACGGAUGGCUAGUUGAAGGACUAUGUGGAAAUGUGUUAUCAAAUGUAAUCCCCACCAGCGACAGUGGCCCUUCCCCUCUGUCCCCUCUACACCCUGCACCGCUCUCGUCAUUUUAACCCCUGAAACUUGUAGGAAGGAAA